GGAAUCUCAAAAGUGCCGUUCCGCCUGGCGAUCAGCUACCGUCGGUUUGAUGGUACUCCAGAACCGGUCAGAAAUAGUUUUGCGAGUGGGUAAUACGAGGCUGAGGGUUUUCAUAUAAAGGCCGAGGUAGGGCUUGGGAGCUGAACAUCACAGACAUCCGAUUCCAGAAUUCGCUUCUUCAGCCUGAUACCUUCGCUUUUUCGCUCUUCCGCCCAUUAUACCGCGUACAUACAUUUGCAAAGACAUUCCUUCGACUACCACAAUUUUCUACUCAAUUAUCAAAAUGCGCUCCACAGCCUCCCUCGCCAUCCUCCUCGCCGGUGUCGCAGCUUGCCGCGAGGUCCCUUCCAACCUCAAAUCUUUCUACGAAUCCCACAAAGAUGUCGAUUGCGCCAACCCCAUUUCCAUCGAAUACUCCUCUGGCCAAGGCGACGCCGACACGGUCUACUGCAAGGACGAUGCCUCAGGUGCCGUCUUCUUGAAGGACACCUCCAACGGCUAUGCGGACGCCGACAUCGACUGCGAUGGCGCGGGCAUGGGCACCGGCGACUGCGGUGACGACCCGUCGGGCCAAUCUAUGACGGCGUUCAAGGACCUCGUGCAGGAAUACUCUGGCGGCGCGAUUGACGACUUGAACACGCACAUCCACAACUUCGUUGUUCUGGGCAACGACAACAGUGCCGACGAGGGUGAUGGCGGUGCGUCUUUCGAUCCGACCAACGACGCCGACAUUCAGCCUCUGAGCGUCGUUGCGGUUGUUUGCGGCGAGAAGCUUGUGUACGGAGUGUGGGGUGAUGUCAAUGGCGGAAAGGUUACGGGCGAGACCUCGCUCAGUCUCGCGAAACAGUGUUUCCCUGACGAGGGCUUGAGCGGAAACGCUGGACAUGGAGAUCACGAUGUGUUGUACCUGGCAUUCCCGGGUGAGGAGGCUAUCGCCAAGGAUGUGAACUGGGGUGCAAGCUCGGCCAAGGAGUUUGAGGCUAGUUUGGCGACGAUUGGAGAUGCGCUCGUGAAAAAGGUCGCUGCUGGACAGGCAAAGAGCAGGGUCAUGCGAGCUGUCCUGUAGACGAUGCAUAGUACAUGACGGUUGCUUAGUUCUGCAAGGAGAAAUUCUAGAUUGUAUUAGUAGCGCGAGGCAUAUAAACUAUGUUGCA